UGAAUAUAAAAGUAGGCGAUCUGUCUAUUUAAACCUUCAGUAUCUCUGGGCUUUAAUCAAUUGUUGUCAAAACACUCCAAAUGAUGAUGAAUCGUUCUUGGUACCUUGCUUGUCUUGUAUUUGGAAGUCUGGUGCUCGUGGUGCAUCAUGUCUCUUCCCAAGAGUUCCUUUUACCUUGUGUUUAUCGUGGAGUGCCGUAUCUUCACUCCACGGUGUGGGACAUUGACGAAUGCACAACCUGUACUUGUGAUAACAGCACUACAACAUGCGUAAUUGAAGCUUGUCAACCGGUAUUCUGCGUUGAACCCUUUCAACUGCCAGGAGGAUGCUGCUUUAUCUGUCCAUACAUAGAGGAAUCCGAUGGGCGGGUAUCUCAGUUUUCUGUAUCACUUAGCAGCGGUGAACCUUUGCUCCCUUGUAUAUAUCAUGGAAUUCCGUUUCUUCACGCCGAAGUGUGGGAUAUGGGCCCUUGCAAAACCUGUACGUGUGAUAACGGCACCACAACAUGCGAUAUUGAAUCGUGUCGACCGGUAUUCUGCGCUGAACCCCUUAAACGGCCAGGAGAAUGCUGCGCUUCCUGUCCGUACGACGUGACCGUGCGUAAAGUCAAACCUACCAUACGGAGUAAAGGCAAUGUGACGACAAACGGUGACGCAACACUAGUUCUUGCGGUAGAAGUCAAAUUUAAAGAUACCAGAAAGACGACAGGAGUGAGCGGCGAAUCUCUCUGGGAGUUGUCUGCCUGGAUUGCUCCUGUAAACACUACUCACAGUAACACGAGGCUGGAUUUCACCAAGCAAGUUCUCAAUAUUGAUCAAGCAUCGCAGGGGUACAUCAAAGGAGAUCAAUUCAUCUUUCGGGACGUCGUGUAUCCCUCCAGUGCUCUGCUUUUAAACUGCGACGAGGCAAACGUCUGUGUUGAGCUUAAACGUGGAAAAAAUGCAGUAGCAACCGAUGAUCGUCCUUUCAAUGUUAGCAGUUUUCCCAAAAGGUCUACAUCGUUGAUUGGCUGCACUUCACUAUGUACUGACGUGACAGUGCGUAAUGUCAACCCUACCAUUCAAAGUCAACGUAGUGUGACAUCUGACGGUGACGCAACAAUAGUUCUUGCAGUAGAAGUCAAAUUUAGAGAUGCAAGAAGUACGACAGUGCAAGGCAAAUCUCUCUGGAAGUUGUCUGCCUGGAUUGCUCAUAAGAAAAAGAAUAAAAGGAUAGGUUUCACCGAGCAAGUUCUCAAUGUUGAUCAAGCAUCGCAGUGGUACAUCAAAGGAAAUCAAUUCAUCUUUCGGGACGUCGUGUAUACAUUCGUUGAUCCGUCUUUAAACUGCGACGAUGCCAACGUCUGUGUUGAGCUUAAACGUGGAAGAAAUGCAGUGACAACUGAUGAUCGUCUUUUCAAUAUAAGCAGUGAUCCAGACAGCUCUACACCGUUUAUUGGCUGCACUUCACUGUGUACUGGUAGGAAGUAG